CUUCUCUCUCUGGCUCGCACCAGCGACGGAGAAAAUAGGAAGGGGGAAGAAAACCCAUAGAAACCCUAAUCUUUGUUUCCUUUGAUCAGAGAUGACUUCGAACCCUCGGGUUUACUUCGACAUCUCGAUCGGCGGCGCCCCCGCCGGUCGGAUCGUGAUGGAGCUCUUCGCCGACGUGGUCCCCCGCACGGCGGAGAACUUCCGAGCCCUGUGCACCGGCGAGAAGGGCAUCGGGAGGUUCGGCAAGCCGCUCCACUACUAGGGAUCGGUGUUCCACCGGGUGAUCCCGGAGUUCAUGUGCCAGGGCGGCGACUUCACCGCCGGGAACGGCACCGGCGGGGAUUGCAACUACGGGCCGAAGUUCCAGGACGAGAGCUUCGUCAAGAAGCACACGGGGCCCGGGGUGCUUUCGAUGGCGAACGCGGGGCCCAACACGAACGGCUCCCAGUUCUUCAUCUGCACCGCCACCACCUCGUGGCUCGACGGCAAGCACGUCGUCUUCGGGCAGGUAGUGGAGGGGAUGGACGUUGUCAAGGCCAUCGAGAACGUCGGGUCCCCGACCGGGAGGCCCACCAAGACCGUCACCAUCGCCGACUGCGGCCAGCUCUCUUAGAUCGAUCUCCAUCUGUCUCCCCCAUAAAUCCCCCCUUCCCUCUUAUUUCUUCUGCACAUCUCGCUAGUAGAAAUAAUUGGCUGAUCUGCUCCGCUCUUCUUUGGAUCGUCUUUGAUGUCGUCUUAUCUUUAAUGUUUCAGGGUUCUUACGGUACGGAGGAUCUGUCGGUUUGGUGGUGUUUUUCUUCUUUUUUGUGUAGGUUUCUUGAGUAGCAACAGCAAUAUAUUUAGGCCUUUUUACAAAAAAAAAGACAUUUUCCCGUUUUAUUUUUUGAUUAGACGGGGGAUUUA